CUGAGGAAGCCGCAGAAGAAACUUUGACCACUUCAGUUGUUAGCCUAGCAGCGGAGAUUCAAGCCCGCUGUACUGUUUACUAGUCGCUUGUUUUUCCGACUAGUCCUUUUUAAAAAGAUGUGGUUUAUUUAUUUACUCAGCUGGUUGUCGCUGGUGGUACAGAUAUGUUUCGUUACUCUCGCUAUCGCUGCAGGCCUGUAUUACCUGGCGGAGUUAAUAGAGGAGUACACAGUUGCCACCAGUCGUAUUAUAAAAUAUAUGAUUAUGUUCUCCACAGCGGUUCUGGUGGGCCUCUAUCUGUUUGAGGGUUUCCCCACACUCAUGGUCGGAGUGGGACUCUUCACAAACCUGGUUUACUUUGGUCUGCUGCAGACGUUUCCAUAUAUCAUGCUGACCUCGCCAAACUUUAUUCUGUCAUGUGUACUGGUUGUGUUAAACCAUUAUAUGGCCUUCCAGUAUUUUGCAGAGGAGUACUAUCCUUUCUCUGAGGUUCUGGCCUACUUCACCGUAUGUCUGUGGGUGAUUCCCUUCUCCUUCUUUGUUUCUCUUUCUGCUGGAGAAAAUGUGCUUCCAUCUACAAUGCAGCAGGGAGAUGACGUGGUGUCGAAUUACUUCACUAAAGGCAAGCGGGGCAAGCGUUCGGGAAUCCUGCUGGUUUUCUCCUUCCUCAAGGAGGCGGUUGUGCCGAGCCGACAGAAAAUGUACUGAAGGAAAAAAAGCUGAGUGUGUAGCAGGACACAAACACACACACACAAACACACACACUCUAAUAAACUGUCUGAGGCGUCUGAAAGACAACACAAGUCUUCAGUUUUUAAAGACGCGCGCGCAUGUGUGUGUGAAUGAGAAACUUUGUGUUGUUGGGAUUGUUGAGUGUGUGUGUGUUUUUUCUUUAAAGGAAUGUUUUACCCUAAUGUUUGUGAUUCUGUUUCGUACACUACAGCUGUUUGUUUUGAGCUCUGGGGGAUGUUUUAUCUGGGGGUUAAAAACAAAAUGUUUACGUCCGUUUGUAAAUCCAUUUUAUAUAUCGCUCCUGGUUGUGAUUGAUGAGGCAAUAAAACAGAAACGUUGUAGGCUAGUUUUCGGGUAAAAUGUUGCUUUAAAUAACGCAAUGGUGAGAGCCGUUGUGUCGGACGUGCUUUAUUUCGUUUGUUUGUGUGUACUGUACGAAAGAUAUAAUAAAAUUCAGUUGUAUGAGUUUUGAAAAGGUUAAA